UUCAUUGAUGACUAUCGACAUGAUGCUCAUUAACAUACUGAUCAAUGUUGCCACCUCCAGACCCUGUAGAGGGGCCAGUGAGGUUGCGAAUGACCAGGACAAGGACACCAUUUCACAAAAAAGACAGAAAUUGUCACAAGUUCACGAUACAUGAUAUGAAUUGAGGUCUUUGGAGGAUUAGGAAGCAAAAGAGGAGAACGCCUCUGCUACUUAGAGGCCAAUCACAGGCAGUCUUCAUCAUGUGAGUCAUUUUUAUAAGGCGAUGACUUCCCACUCUUCUCAGCAUUGACUGCUCACAACAAGUUCCAGCAGCAUCACCAUUAAGACUUGGAUGAGCUUGUUGACAUGACAGCAUAUUUUGAUGGAGGACUUAAUGAGAUCCAUGGAGGGUGAACAAUUCUCAUAACAGACUUGAUUUGACUACUUUUCUGUUUGGGGUCAUGGAUGCUGAAUUCAAUGGAACAUUUAUAACUCUUGGUGGCUUUGUAGACAUAGACAAAUACAGAUAUCUGUACUUUGUCAUCUUGUUGACACUAUAUAUUCUCAUCCUCUGCACUAACUGCACCAUUAUAUGUCUGAUCUGGAUUCACAGGGACCUUCAUGAGCCUAUGUACAUUUUCAUUGCUGCUUUGUCACUCAACUCUCUUUUGUUUAGCACUGUUAUCUACCCUAAACUUUUCAUUGACAUCUUAUCUCACAAACAGACCAUUUCUUAUUCUGCUUGUCUGUUUCAAUAUUUUCUGUAUUACUCCUUUGCAGGAUCAGACUUUUUACUGUUGUCAGCCAUGUCUUAUGACAGGUAUGUGUCUAUCUGCAAACCUCUGCAGUAUCCAACUAUCAUGGGGAGAAGAACUGUUAUUGUCUUCUUGACUUUGGCCUGGUUACUACCUGCAUGUGAGGUUGCAGUGGCAACUGUGAUUAGUUCUCAACACAAACUCUGUGAUUUCACAACAAGAGGAAUCUUUUGUAACAAUACAUUUUUUAAGCUUCACUGUGUAAAAUCAGCAUUUCUUACAGUUUAUGGUUUGUUUGUAAUGAUGAAUUUUCUUGUUGUUCCUUCAAUGUUCAUCCUUUUUACAUACAUAAAGAUAUUUACAGUAACUUAUCACAAGUGUGCAGAAGUCAGGAAAAAAGCUGCAGAGACAUGUUUACCUCACCUGGUGGUUUUAUUCAGCUUCAUUUGUUUAGUUUUAUUUGAUGUCAUCGUAGCUCGAUUGGAGUCAGAUCUUUCAAAAAUUGUACGUCUAUUAAUGACUUUACAAAUAGUUGUGUAUAAUCCUCUGUUCAAUCCAAUCAUGUAUGGAGUGAAAAUGAAAGCUAUUUGGAAACACGUCAAGAGAUUGUUUUGUCGACUGGUAAACAAAAGAAUAUAAUCAAACUUUUUAGCAUUGAAGUCUUUAUUUUCUCUUGUGAUUCUUAGAAAAAGUCAUUCACAUCAUUAUAUGGCAUAUAUAAGAAAAAGGAAGAAAAGCUUUGCUUUCUGAUGCCAUUUUAUACCCUGAAUUGUUUUGCUUUAACAAUAUUAAGUUAUUGUUAAGUCAAUAGUCUGCGUUUAUAUAUACAUUGUAUAAUGUUUGUCAUGUUCAACUCGUGUUUUUAUUUUUUUUAAUGUAUCUUUAAAUCUCCCUUUUUCAAAUUAAAUAUAUUUAUGUUCAUAUACUUUUUUGAUGAUUUAUAACAUAUUUAUGUAAUUUAACUAUAGUUUUUUUUUUUACAUUUUUCACUGCGUAAGCCAUACAUGUUGUCGCACAUUCUGUUCUCUCCCUCUUUUAAAAUGGUAAUAUUUUAACACAGAGUAAAGAAAUAUAAACGAGAUAUGGAGGAUUUUUGAGAUUAUAUCAAAUCUGUUUUUUUCUCCUUUAUUCCGACAUAUUCAAUUGUGUUUAUAAAUGAGUUGUCCAUUCCCCACAUUAUAAUCACAUUAAUCCAUUUCCAUUGAUGAAUCAUGAAAAAGAAAUGUAAAAUGUUGUAAUUGUUUUUACAUUCUGCACCUUAAUAAAC